CUUCAGGGAUCUUUUCUGGGGCGUGCCUGAGGGACUACACAUGAGCUCCGUUUUCCUUCUGAAGAAUUUUAGUUUUUUCUCUCUAUAUUGUGGACCGUUUUUGCACCUCUGUGGACUUCACAUGGAGCCAGAUGGAAGAACAAGAUGAUGUGACCUUCUGCCAAACUGCUCGAAACCAUGCCACCGACACAGCACGCUGCUCCAUCCACUCUGAAAUAGACUCAAACAAGUGCGGGAAGCAGAGAGUGAGCUGUACAGAGGGACAGAGUGAGGCACGAGAGUGAGAAAAAAAGAAAAAAAAAAGAAACGGGACAUUGGAGUCACAGAGGAGGAAUGUGUUGUCAGGAGCCUGGGCUGGAUGCGGUUUGUCAUUGCAGGCAGUAGGCGAGUGAGAUGGGCGUUCGUCUAGGCCUCCUGAGCGAUGCUCUGUGGCCGCCGUUGCUGUUGAUGCUGUUAGUCUGUGCCUGGCACUGCUGCUGGGGCCGGCCGUUCACGAUGCCUGAUCCGACUGUGAACGUAGCAGUGGUGUUUAGUGGCUCUGCCUACCAGGUGGAGAUUAAAGGGCGCCUGAGCCGGGAGAACUUCCUGGACCUGCCUUUGGAGGUGAACCCCAUCACAGUGCUGGUGAAUGACAGCAAUCCUCGGGCACUGUUGACACGCAUCUGUGACACACUGGCUGCUAAUCGCGUGCAUGGGGUGGUCUUCGAGGACAACAUCGGUUCUGAGGCUGUGGCACAGAUCCUGGACUUCAUCUCCACGCAGACGUCUGUGCCCAUUGUAGGCAUCAGCGGGGGGUCUGCUGUCGUCUUGCCAUACAAGGAUGAUGGCUCCAACUUCUUGCAGCUGGGUGCUUCCAUUGAGCAGCAGAUCAAUGGCAUGUUCAAAGUAAUGGAGGAGUACAAUUGGGACAGUUUUGCAGUGGUGACUAGCCAGUACCCUGGUUAUGAGGCCUUUGUGGACUACAUCCACUCCUUCACAGACACCUCGUACUUUCUGUGGGAGCUACAGAACGUACUGACAUUUGACAUGUCAUCUGAUAGCAUGAAUGACCUGCGUGCUCGGCGUCUGCUACAGCAGAUCGAUGCUCAGGUGCUGCUCGUCUACUGCUCAUUUGAAGAGGCUCAGUAUCUCUUUAGCAUGGCCAGAGAAGUGGGCCUGGUUGGACCUGGUUAUAUUUGGAUCGUCCCCAGUCUUGCAGUGGGCAACCCCAAUCUCCCACCACCUGACAGCUUCCCUGUUGGCCUAAUCAGCAUCAUCACAGACCGGUGGAAGAUGAGUCUAAGGAACAGGGUGAGGGACGGCGUGGCUAUCAUAGUGAAAUCGGUGGAGAGUUUCCACAAGCACAGGGGCUUUGUUCCUGAUGGACAUGCUGACUGUCAGUCCAGUCCAGUGCAGCCAGAAAACAAUGACACACUCUUCAGGCAUAUGCUGAAUGUGUCAUGGGAUCACACAGACUUUUCAUUCAACAGUGAUGGAUACCUUGUUAACCCUUCCAUGAUUGUCAUUACACUGGACCGGGACAGGCAAUGGGACAAGGUGGGAAAUUACGAGUCUGGUAUACUGCAGAUGCGCUAUCCUGUCUGGCCUCGUUAUGGAACGUACUUGGAGCCAGUGGCUGAUAACCGCCAUUUAACAGUAGCCACCCUUGAAGAAAGGCCAUUUGUGAUAGUGGAGGCUGUAGACCCCAGCACUGGCACCUGCCUCAGCAACACUGUGCCCUGCAGACGCCAGUCAAACAAGACAGAGACGAUCAUCGGUGAUACUGAGCCCUACACCAAACUGUGCUGUAAAGGCUUUUGCAUUGACAUCCUAAAGAAACUUUCCCGUAACAUUAAGUUCUCCUACGAUCUCUAUCUGGUCACCAACGGCAAACAUGGCAAGCUCGUCCGAGGUGUUUGGAAUGGCAUGAUUGGAGAGGUGGUUUAUAAGAGGGCAGACAUGGCCAUUGGGUCUCUCACUAUAAACGAAGAGCGCUCUGAGAUCAUUGAUUUUUCAGUGCCGUUUGUGGAGACAGGGAUCAGUGUGAUGGUGGCCAGGAGCAAUGGAACUGUGUCUCCGUCUGCCUUUUUGGAGCCCUACAGCCCUGCUGUGUGGGUGAUGAUGUUUGUGAUGUGCCUGACAGUGGUGGCCGUGACUGUCUUUGUGUUUGAGUACUUCAGCCCUGUAGGGUACAACCGUAGCCUGGUCAGUGCAAAAGAUCCUGGUGGGCCAACCUUUACCAUUGGGAAAUCAGUGUGGCUGCUUUGGGGGAUUGUCUUCAACAAUUCUGUGCCAAUCGAGAACCCAAAGGGGACCACGAGCAAGAUCAUGGUGCUGGUAUGGGCCUUCUUCGCUGUCAUCUUCCUGGCGAGUUACACAGCCAACCUAGCAGCAUUCAUGAUCCAAGAGCAGUACAUUGACACAGUUUCUGGACUGAGUGACAAAAAAUUCCAGAAACCACAGGAGCAGUAUCCACCAUUUCGCUUCGGUACAGUGCCUAAUGGCAGCACAGAGCGGAAUAUAAGAAGCAACUAUCCUGAGAUGCACUCCCACAUGGUCAAGUACAACCAAAAGGGCGUGGAAGAUGCUUUGAACAGCCUUAAAACUGGCAAACUUGAUGCCUUUAUUUAUGAUGCCGCCGUGCUGAACUACAUGGCUGGUAAAGAUGAGGGCUGUAAACUGGUGACCAUUGGAAGUGGGAAGGUUUUCGCAACUACAGGCUACGGCAUUGCAUUACAGAAGGAGUCCCGCUGGAAACGGCCCAUUGACCUUGCCCUCCUCCAGUUUCUUGCUGAUGGUGAUACUCAGAAGCUGCAGACAGUGUGGCUAACUGGAAUAUGCCGCAAUGAGAAGAAAGAAGUGAUGAGCUCCAAGCUGGACAUUGACAACAUGGCUGGAGUGUUCUACAUGUUGCUGGUGGCCAUGGGUCUCAGUCUGCUGGUGUUUGCCUGGGAACACUUGCUCUAUUGGAAACUUCGCCACUCUGUGCACAAGUCUGAACGCCUCGACUUCUUACUGGCAAUCAGUAGGGGUAUCUACAGCUGCUUCAAUGGUGUGGAGGAUACAGACCAGAACGGAAGUAUACAGAGCCCAGAUGUCACUAGCAGUUACACCCAGGCCAACAUGCUAAAGAUGCUUAAGACAGCCAAGGAUAUUGUCUCCUCAGCCAGAGUGGAGAACUCCUUGGACAAUGCCACUAAGACGAUUGAGAAUUGGAGCCGCAGAGCUCCAGAAGCUUCAAAACCUAUUCUUCCGACCCGUCUCAUUAGCACUGAUGCCAGUCAUGGUCGUCUUCCCUAUAUUUCCAGUGUCACCAGCAACCAUACACCUUACACCCAGAGGGCACUGACUCCCACUUUCCCCCUGCAUUAUGGAAACAGUGCCACCUUGAUAGAGAAACCUCGAGUAGUGACAAGACCUACCACGUUACGGUACACUCUUCCCGCACGGACGAAUCACCAUCAUAUAUAUGAACGGACACUACCUAUUUCUAGUCUGAGCAGUCCCCAUAUUGCUAUGAGGGACCCCCCACCUCCUACAGCCCCAAAGCCACACCACAGCACCAGGCUAUUCAUGGACAGCCAGGGCUGCCACCAAAUGGCCCCCUCCUUUCUCCCUUACCGUGAGUUCCAUGUCCCGGAUAUCUAUGUGGAACACCAAGACCCUCCCGAGAGCCGGAAACUGUACAAUGAAGGACAUGGCCGCAAGAAGAGGUCCCACAGCUAUGUGGCACCGUCACCAGAACCCCGGCGCAGGAAUGAUUAUGAUGAACCAACCUCUUGCCUGGCUGAGCUUAGAGCUAAUCAGCUCCUAGAAAACCAUGCCCAUACUUCACCCUGCAUGGGAAGCCACUACCAAAGGCCCAGUGGCAGCUGCAACUCCUGCAUGAAACCAUACCUUGAGCCAGAUACGGAUGACGUCCCUUUGCUGGGAAAGGAAAAAUUGAACCGUCGCGCCUCUUUCCUCAGGGCCACAUGGGGUGGUGACAAGUUGUGGCAUGUAGAUGAGAAGCCUUCAACGUCUGCAUCUUCUUCUAGUCGAAUCAACAUGCCUGACCUCUUUCCCCGUGUAGUGGUAGCUAAUCCCAAGCCUUCAAAGAUGUAUGCCAAUUCUAGUAACAACUUUUGCUACAAUAUGCCAGCUGAGCCAGCCUAUCUUGACCCAGCUCACAUGGGUUCCUAUCCUUACAAGCCACAGAAACUCAAAUACUCUCAUUCUACUCGCCUUCCCUCAUACCGUGAGGCAAUUCUUCAGAAUGCAGCAGCUCUGCGGCGAUCUUCUUCCACAGUCGUGCACAGACAUUACUCCACCUACCUGAACUCUUACACUGACUUGCCAGUAUACAUGGGCCCGCUUCCACAGGGGCCUGCACAUUUCUAUGAUCACUCCAAAGACAUGUGUCAUCUGUUCCCCUGUAUCAACCACUGCACAAAUGAUGCUACCCUGGUAACCCGGAUAGGUGGAAGGCCUAUCAUGUAUGAAAACACUGCUUUUAGAGGCUACGAGGGUGCUGGAUGUUCACGUGAAGAACCAUCUCUGCAGCCACUGCACAGUUUACCACCCUCAUCUAAGAACAGGGACCGCAGACAGGUUUUGGUGGCACGGAGGCUUAACAGUCCCUAUGUACCAAAGCCCUGGGGCAGAGUGUCUAGUCUGGAGUCUGAAGUCUAAAAGGCUCAAAGGUCUGUCCCAUUAUAUACUUGACAACAUAGAAGAAUAAGAAAUGUGUGAACUUCUAGAAGGCUUAAAAUCUUACAAAAAUAAAAGACGUGCUGAAGGUGGAAAUGGAAGUGGACUGGAAGUCAUAUUUCCAGUGCAAUAAUAUGCAAGGCAGAAGGAAGGAGAGAAAGGGCACAACUAUGUGGUUACUGCUGGGACAUCCGUAUACUUUAAAAUGCUAAAAGAAAAAAAUAUAAUAUUGAGUAACUGAAUUCUUAUAUAUUAAACCUGAGCCUAUACAUUAUUAUUAUUAUUAUUAUUAUUAUUAUUAUUAUUAUUAUUAUUAUUAUUAUUAUUAUUAAUGAUAAUAAUAAUAAAAAUGGGGUUUUAAAUGCAGUUGCACAAGUAUGGUCAUUCUCUACAAACAGAUGAAGCAGAAUGCAAGUAGUCCACAAGGGUUGAAAUAAUCUUCAAGUAAUGUUUGUUUUUGGGCAAAUCAGCAUUCCACAAUUUUGGAGUCAACUCCAAGGCAUUGCAAAAUUUUAUAAAAUCAACCACUACAAAAAGGUCUUCCAAAAAAUUUUUGUAAGUUACUGGUUUUCAGAAAGGUGACUGUUUGGGGCUUUUUAUUUGCUCCAUUGAUGUAACUUUGAUUUUAAGACUGGUGAACUGCAACUGAUUUUUCUGUCUGUAUUUCCAGAAUUUGUUUCACUGUUUAAUAAAUGACUGGUGGCUUUAAGAGCCUUUUGGAAUGGGCACUGUUGUCUUCUG